AUGCGGUUUGGUUCAUUUCAGCGUGCCAUUUGGCUUUCGCGACGGCUUUCGUCGACGACGGCGUUACGACGCCCUGCCGCUUUCCCCGAAUACGGGUUUGCCCAACGUUCCUUCACGAGCGCAUCGCCAUUUUUUCAUACAAUUGGCCCGAACUUUCUGCCGCAUCGCAGUCUGACGGGCGCUCCGGGGUUGAUUGGGUCUGCGUCGAUGUCUUUUGCCGCGUCCUCGACCUUGACAAGUCGCCGCUUUCAAUUCAGCUCCGAAAGCCCCGAGGAUUACUAUGCGGUUCUCGGCGUCAAGCCCAACGCCACGCAGGAGGAGAUUAAAACCGCCUAUAAACGACUGGUUCUUCAGUACCACCCCGAUCGCAAUCAUGAACCGGGCGCCGAGGAGCGGUUUAAGACAAUUUCCGCCGCCUACAACAUUCUUGGGCGAAAGGAUAAACGCGAGAUGUACGACGCCCAACAUUCUUCCUACCCCGGGGUGGGUGGUGGUGGCGGUGGCGACUACAAACGCACCUCGGCGAGGAGUCAUGGCUUCCGGGGCGGCUUUGCCGCGCAUUCGAUGUCGAAAACCGAGGCGGAUUCCCUCUUCCGUGAGAUUUUCGGGAAUAUGAACUUCGACCAGAUUUUCAAGAGCCUCGAGGAGGAGCUCCACUGUGGCGGCAUGCAGCCGGGAAGUGGCAUGGGCUGCAACCGAUGCCAGGAUCCUUUCCGCACGGCUAAAUCUUAUACGGAAUCGGUGAACAUGUUCGUCGACAAUAAUGGGAACCACGUGGAGGAACACAUUUACAGCGAUGCAAGCGGAAAUCGAUACACUGUUCGCCAUACCUCCGCUAAAGGAAUGCAUCCCGCCGCGAGCGAAAGCCACGAGCACUCUCACCUCAACCCCGACGGUUCGCGAAAGAUAACGUUUGACGAUUUAUCCCUCGACGGGUAUUCGCGCUACGGAAAGUUUAAGCAUCGGAUGGCGGGAUUUUCCUUUAAAAAACGAGAUCCGAUGUUGGCUUUUCUUUCACUGGAAGCUUGGACUUUUACAAUUAUUGCGGUUUUUUCUAUUAUUGUUUACUUUCUUGUUACUCACCCAAAGAUUUUGCUCAUCGUCCUUUUUCUAACUAUUCUUGGGAGAUUUAAUGCUAGAAGUAUCUAA